AUGGCAGUCGAUGCAAUGGAUAUCGACGCCCUGCCCCUGCGCACCGCAGAAGCAGAGCGCAAGCGCAAAUCCAAGACAACCGCCUCAUCACCAACAAAAAAGCGCAAGCAAGCUGCUACUGCUACUGCAACUGCUGCUGCUCCUGUUACCCCGGAGUCUCCCUUUUCCCUUAAAAAAGCAACCCUCUACCUCCCUCUCUCGCCAAUCUCGAUCUCCCCAACUCAUGCCCUAGCCUCUCUGCUAGCAGAGCACCUCUCCCCCCUCCUGCUCACCUACUACCCACCACUGAAAGGCGUGGUGAUGGCGUACUCCAACGCCUCAAUCUCAAGCAAGCCGCCCUCACCCACGUCCACACCAUCCGAGAACCCGCAGCCUCUCACCCUCGCCAGGACAGCCGACGAGUACGGCGUGCUAUACGUCUACCUGACUGCUACAUUCCUGGUCUUCAAGCCGGAGCGCGGCCAGAUCCUCGACGGCUGGGUCAACGUUCAGUCCGAUGGUUUCCUCGGCGCGGUAGUCUUCAACUUGUUCUCCGUUGGCAUUGAGCGCAAGCGCCUGCCGUCGAACUGGAAGUGGGUUCCUCCUGGUGAGGAGGCCGAGGCUACGGCCACGGACGAGGACUCCGCGUCCGAUAAGGAUAUGGCGGAUUUCGACGCCGAGAAGGAGGGCUUCCAGCCUGCUGCGCUGGAUGAGGAGGAGAUGCCGCUCGAGGGCGAGGAGGAGGAGUCUGCGCAUUCAGGCUAUUUCCAGUCUGUUUCGGGCCAUCGGGUGCGCGGCUCCGUGCGCUUCCGUGUUGUCGAUGUCGAUGUUAUUCCUGGGUCUGAGAGGGAUCGUGGGUUCCUCAGUAUUGAGGGAACUAUGUUGGGUGAUGAGGAGGAGGCGCGGCUGAGCGAGGCCGAGCGACAGGGACAGUCUCUGCCGCAUUCGUACUUUGAUGAGCCAGUGAAUGCUUCCAUUCCUGUGGCUGUGUCGGCCGUUGAGGCGGUCGAGGAGCCUGAGACUGUCGACGUGCACGUUGAGAGUCCGAAGAAGGAGAAGAAGGUGAAGAAAGAAAAGAAGGACAAAUCCGAGAAGAAGGAGAAGAAGUCCAAGUCUUCCAAAAAGAAGGAAUAA